GGUCAAGAACAUUAAAACAUAGAAGAAAUAGAAAGAGCUGAGAUCUAGACGAUGGCUUUCUUCCAAAUUCUAACCAUUGUUACAUUCAUUCUUGUAACGAGUUCAUCAUCAGCUUGUGAAAAUUCUACCAUCUCCACCAACUUCAGCCAAACCAAGAUAAAUAGCAGUCCAUCAACUUCCACACAAAGCUUCAAAAACUACAUCAAAACCUCUUGCAACUCAACCACAUAUCCAUCAAUAUGCUACAGCAGUUUAUCCCCAUAUGCUGCAAAAAUUGAAGCAGAUCCUACGAAGCUGUGCAGUGUGUCUCUCUCCCUGGCAUAUAAGGCAGCAAAAAGUGCAUCCAGCAGCAUAUCAAAGAUUCUGAAGAAAAACAACAUGACAGGGAUUGCCGAGCAAGUGGUGCAAGAUUGCUUUGGCAAUGUGAAGGACUCCAUUGGUGAGCUCAAAGAUUCCCUUGAUUCGUUGGCCCAUAUGGAUGGUGCUGACAGAAAGUUUCAGAUCAGCAACAUAAAGACAUGGGUGAGUGCUUCCAUCACCAAUGAUCAAACUUGCUCAGAUGGGUUUGAUGAGAUGAAUGUGGAUUCAACUUUGACAGAAAAAAUCAGAAAGCUUGUUUUGGAUGUGGCAAGGAAGAGCAGCAAUGCUUUGUAUUUCAUCAACAACAAUUUGUACUGAUCAUUAGUAUUACAAUAAGUUGCUUUU